AAUAAUUAAACCACUUAUGGGACAAGCAAAACAGUUAGGAAGGAAAAAAAAAGAAAAAAUCGAUUCAAGCGAUAAGCAGUUUUUAAAAGGUUCCCCAAAGCGGCAAGUAUAAGGAAGAAAACCAAGCACACAAAUUAUAGCGCGCAAAGGGAAGCCUACGAUAUUUUCGCAAAAAAAAACGCAAGAUAAUUACACAAUUUCCAUUAUGACCAAAACUGUACAUGACAAAACUGACGCGAAUGUAUUAAAAGAGAGGAAGCAAAAACAUGGCGCAGUAAAAGAUGGAGGGAGUUACUGUAAGGAUGAGGAGAAAGUGAAGGUGAAAGUGCCCACCAAGGGCCACGACUUUUACAACAUUAUUUUUUUACUGUUGCUAUAUACUAUACAAGGCGUCCCAAUCGGUGUCUCGUCCGUGGUCCCCCUAAUAAUUCAAGACAAAGUGAGCUACUCCCAGUUGAGCAUUUUGUCCCUAGUUAGUAUACCCUUCAGCUUAAAACUGCUGUGGGCCCCGCUUGUCGAUUCUGUGUACCAUAAAAAAAUCGGGAGGAGGAAAAGUUGGAUAAUCCCGCUUCAGCUAAUUUGCAGCUUUUCGAUGAUUUGCUGUGGGAAAUACGUGAGCGUGUGGUUAGGGGAAAGGGGCAACAUCACGAAUCUGUACUUCCUGGCGACCUUCUUCUUCGUGCUGUUCUUUUUGAUGGCUACCCAGGAUAUAGCAGUCGAUGGCUGGGCGCUGACCAUGUUAUCCGAGGAGAACAAAGGGCUAGCCUCCACCUGCAACAUCCUCGGACAGAACAUCGGCUACUGCGUCUCACAGUUGUCCUUCCUGACGUUAAACAACAAGAACAUCUGCUUUUACAUUUUUAGGAAGUACAUACAAUGCAUGCACUCCAUGUUUAACCAGUCUAGUCACUAUAGGCAUUUGCACGAAAGCAUGGACGUGAUAUACCCAUCCUUUCAACCCUUUGUUGAUAUGAAUAUCUUUUUAAAAUUUUGGGGAGUAUUCAUUCUGGCGCUGACCAUAUUGACUUGUUUUAAAAAAGAAAUGAUGGAAGAUAAUGGGAAGGAGAAGAAUGAUGGCGAGGUGAAAAGUGCGCUCGUCAAAAAGGGCAACCAGCACCCCAGUGAAGCAAAACACCCCAAUGAAGCAAAACACCCCAGUGAAGCAAAACACCCCAGUGAAGCAAAACACCCCAGUGAAGCAAAACACCCCAACGAAAGCUCAAACGAGUUCGCCAACUCAAAGGAUACGUAUAAAAACUUGUACCAAUUGCUGUUCCUACCACCGAUGAAAAUAUUCAUUUUUAUAUUCCUCCUGAACCGCUUCCCAUUUGCCUCCGUGGAGGUUGGAACCAACUUCAAAAUGUUGAAAAAAGGCAUCACCAAAGAAGAGUUUGCGAUCUUCAAUCCAUUUUUCAUUCCUAUAUCAAUCAUAUCAUCAGCCAUAAUAGGAAAAAUAAUUAAAAAUAUAAAACCCCUUAGUAUAUACUACUACGGUUACUUACUAAGAUACCUUUCUAACAUAAUUUUGUCCACCUUGUUACCCCUGACGGAGUAUAUAUAUUCGAAUAAGUCGGAGCUCCCGCAAGUUUACUUGUAUUCGUACUACCUGUACAUUUUCGUGGCGCAGGUUUUUAACCAUUUUUGUAUCGACCUCAUGACUGUGUCAUCGAUGAGCUUCCAGAAUAUAAUUUCAGACCCCGAAAUUGGUGGAACCUACAUGACCUUCCUAAACACCGUUAACAACAUGGGAUCACACUGGUCAACCAUAUUUCUGUGGCUACUGGAUUAUACCGACAGAACAGUGUGCUACGGAGGGCUUGUAUUAUUCCUUGCGAAGUGGCCCCUCCAAUUUGCUACACACACAUACACACAGUACACAUGGAAUUACUUACCCAAAAUUUGUCUCCUUUUCCUAUCAGGGAAAUGCCUGCUGAUUGAUGGUUACUACACACAAAUGGUGUUUUCUUUCAUCAUCGGGAUACUCAUAAACAAGUACAUCACAAAGUGCAUCACGAAGCUCCAGGUGGGUUUAACCAACAACUGA